AUGCCUAUGCGGCUGCACAAGAGCUUCGCCGUCCUGGCGUUGGUGCUCUGUGCCACGGCCACCGGUGUCGAAUCAAAUUCCAUCAUCAAUCUCAAGACUUACAUCUGUGUGUUUGUCCCCGUUGCUGCUGCAGAUGUUUUCACCUCCGUGGUGCAUUCCGCCGUAAGGGCGUUUCACUUCCACCAUCGCCGCGCCGUGUCGGGCGAGGCGGCGGCCGCUGCCGCGCAUCCCGCCGCCGGCCCGUCGAUCUCGCCCGUGCAGCCGACGCCCGCGCCGGGCGCGCAGCCGCCUUCUAGCUCUAGCCCCGUCGCGGCGCCGGUGCCGUCGGUCUCGCAGCAGCCGGCUCCGUCUCCGCUCGUGCCGGCCACCCCGCCACCGGCGCCGGUGAUGCAGGCGCUCACCCCCGUGGCGGCACCCGCGCCUGCCCCGAGCACGCCGGCGCCGUGGCCCGCAAUUCCAGCGCCGCCGACGCCCGCUCCAGCAGCAGAAGCCCCCGUGAUUCAAUCUCCAGGGCCACCUGGUAAGCCGUGA